CAUACUUAGAAUGUUGUGGUUUUGUUUGUGUACGUUGUUAGAAUUGGGGAAAUCCCCAGAGUAGGCUUUCAAAGCUAGCUGGCCACGUGGUCUACAGUGUGCUUAUCACUUUCAACAAUAGCAGCUGGACAAUGACAGAUUCUGAACUAGAAGACGCUCCACUUGUGAUAGUUGAACAUCCAGAGAUGAUGGAUGAGCAAGGACAAGACGGAUACGUUCUAGUGGACUCUUUCUCAGAGCAAGAUCGUGGCGUUAGAAUGGACCCAAGGAACAGGCCCAGAAGGGACCCACUAGCAAAUAGGCCCAGACCUAGGGGGCCACGUCCACCUCAGGGAAAACGUAACAGAGGCAACAAGGGUAACAGAGGCAACAGAGGUCCAAAUCCGUACAACAAAACUCUAAAUUUCAAGAGAGCACAGGCCAGAGUGUCACAAGCUCGUGAGGUCCAGAGCAGGUUGCUAAUGAAGAGACGAUAUGAUCACGACACCUCCACUGCUGGUGACCAUGGCCACUCCCAUCAUAGACCCUCCAGGGACUCUUAUCAAAACAUCUACUAUGACUCAAACAUUGCCGUCAAAUUAGUGGGAGGAGAGCCGACAGAUCCAGUGCCAUACACACAGAUCACAGAUCAAGAUAACUACGCCUCGUAUGAACAAUCACCAAUCAACAGGACGCCUUUACUUGACACUUCUUUACCGAUUGUGGACACCCCAACAGCUAACAGUCAGUACAUUGGUGGAGCAAGCUAUCCCACUAACAGUCAAUCGUCUUUUACGAGUAUGGAUCCAAGUUCAAACAGUAUUGGAUCUGAUCAGUACACACAGCAAUAUAACUGGCAGUACGGUGGCUCUAACAGAAGCUCCCCCUCAGUGCCUACUUACCUACCCGAUGAUGUGAGAGUGCCUUCGCUAAUGGAAGUUAGUCCUAUGGUACCAACUAACAGUACUGUAUUCAACAGACUGGGUCAUACAGCAAGUAACCAAUACCCUGUACAGAGGCCAGCUCAACAGCACUCUAUUGUACAACGAGCAAAUACUGCCCCCCAAGGACCUACUGUGCAGUUACAACGCCCUCUUCCACCUCGUAUGCCAAGACCAACUGUUUCUGACCCUCGACUAGUAGCAAGGAGGGAAAGUGGGCGUGGAGACGAGCCUAACCCUCGGCUGCCCACUCGUACAUCAUCUAGACAGAUAUCAUCAUCAUCUAGACAGAUAACAUCUACACAACAGAGACCAUCUAGACGUCGUGCACCAUUGAUCCAGAGAGGAUUCAGGUCGAAAGAAAGGGAAAGAGAAAGGAAAAAAGGUCAAAAAAUUAGAAGCCGGCUUAGAAAGGAGCUAGCAAAUAUACUGGACGCUCAGAGUACCUCCACCCCGGCACUGCAACGAACACCUGCCGUAAAGAACACCACUUCUACCCCUGGCCCAGAGUUGCUACCGACACCUGCCUUUAGGAAGGAGCUGCCUGCCAAACUACAGAGCUAUAACCGACCAAGAGGUGCCACUUUGAAUACAAAUCCUGCUAUUAGGCCAGUCAAUGCUGCACUGAAGACCCCCGGUCCCUCUCAUGCACUGACUACAGCUGUGAGUGAACUCGCCUCUCAUAUACAACAAGUUCUUAGUAACUCGUCAAUCAAUUCACGUCAUGUUGACACUCCUGACACCUUUUCGCAUCAAGUUAACUCACAAGUUAUUGUAAUUGAUGCUGAUGAAGUUAAAGAUGAAACUAAGCCAAAGACGUCUCGUGAUCACAAUAUUACUAAUCUGUUGUCUGCUAUCAACGACGGCAUCUCCUCCUUUGUUGCUGCCUCAAAGCAAAUCACAGACUCUCUGGAUAGCCUCAAAAACAUUAUGGAGUUGAAUGAACAAUAAACGAUUUUCCCUUAUCAUUUAUUUAGUGUAUGCAUACAUUGUCAUACAUUGUCAUGUGAACUAUCUGUACAGUAAUUGUGUGCAAUAAUCAUUAAAAUAA